CCCUCCUGAACCCCAGGAAGAAGCAAGCCAGAGUCUCUCCCUCUUGUCUUCCGCUGCCGGCAGAAUCUCACCACAGUAAUUUGACAGAUUAUCCUCAGGCUCUGUGCGAGACAGGAGCAUCCUUUCAGAGGAAAUCGGAAAUGUUUUGAAUGUCGACUGAAGUAGAGCCCCAUUUCUUCCCCUUAAUGUUCAGCGGAGCUUCCUGAAUUUUCUUAAAGAUGAGAUCACCUUGUUCUUUGCAGAUUGACUGCAAGCUCCUGUGCCUCUUAGAAUUGGAACACAGUCAGGAAAUGAGCGGCCAUUCUCUCCUUUGUAUCUCCAGCAAGUUGCAGUUACUCUGGAGCCCAUUUCUUUAUGACUGAUGAAUAGUGAUUUGCUGGGGGUGCAUAAAGGACAUGGCCAGAUGCCUUAUGAGUCCAGCUCAUCCGGGACCUUCAUUUUCCCUCUAAAGAACAGUCUGUGUUUGGCUUAUGCAAGAACUGAGCAAAACUUGUCUCCUGUUUUGUGGAGUGUAUUUACCCUUUACAAGGGUAGAGUCAGUGCCUGGGAACCGUGGCAGCGUUUGACGUUAGCCAGGGCCGGGAAGGCUUGGUUGUUUGUUGCUGUUGGGCUGCCUGUGAGUCAGAAGGCUUCAUACCACCCAUGAGGCUUGAUUAGCACUGUCCUCGUUUCUGGAAUGACACACAGUUGCCUUAUAUAAACCACUCUGCAUGUCUGUUACUUCCUAUUGACAUUUUAAAAUGAUCUGGUAUUUUUCAUAAAAAUUAAGAAACCGUGCGUAGCCCAAACCUACUCUUUCUCCUUCCUAGUUUUGCUGUUUUCAUGUUGCUCUUACAUAUUUAAGACACCUUAUAUAGAAAAACGGGGAGCAGGAGACAAAGGCCUUGCUUAUUAGGAACCUCCGAGGACCCUCUAGUGCUGAUGGACACCGAGCAGACCUCUCUCCUACCUGACUGAGGAAUUCUCCAGCCCCUCCCGGCUCCCCAUUGCUCGGGAAUCAAGUCUACACACCCUUUUGUGCCUCAGCCCUCAGACUCACAGCUGGACUUUUGAAGCUAGGCUCCGGAUCCCCUCCUUCUGCAGAUGUGGAAGCUGACCUCUAGCCCUUGUUCGGCGUGUGCAGCUGCGGGAGCUAUCUGGUGUCUUAAACUCUUCACAUAUUUCUACGACGAUUUCUCUGGGGGCCUCGGCAGCUUCUCAGCAAGCCAGGCAGCUUGUAAAAGCUUAAGCAGAGAGAAUUUCUUCAGGAAGGGAUGAGCUAUUUUUUUGUCUGUCAACAUAUUUAUAGCUAUGUGCCAGACGCAGGUGGGUGCUUUUCCAAACCUCUCUUUAAAUCCUCAAAGCAGCUCACUAAGGUGGAAGCUGUCAGGCUCACCUUAUGCAUGAGGAAACAGACUUGGAGAGAGAGGAUGUGCCUGGCCUGUCAGCUGUGACGAAACAGAAAGGCUGUUGUAGCCAGAGGUUUACCACCCCACCCCCACCCCCGCCCCAGGUGACAGACAGGCUUGCCGCUAGUGGACCUGGCUGCUUCUCUAUACUCAGUCCUUUAUGCUCCGAGCUCGCCAGGCACAGUUCUGCGGAUAAACAGCCUUGAGUCCAUCUCUUACAGCCGAUCAGAAAUGUUGGCUCGUUUCCUGAGCCUGGGUCUGAACCUAGAAGAUGGCCCCCAGUCUUCACUCAUUCAUCUCUUCCGACAUUUUUGAGCACCUGCUCUCUGUAAGUCAUGGUGUUAAAGGCCACACAGAGGACAGUGCUGCCUCCUCCGGUGCCAUUUUCCACAAAGCAUUUAUUCCGUCUCUCCGGUGAAGUAGGCUGUCCCUGCUCUGGACUCCACAUUACUUCCAUUCUAAUCUUUCUUCCAAAAGGCAGCACUUUUCUAGUUUGCCUUGGGGUCACGUCCCUGUGGGCUGGGAGUCCCAGAGGCACAGUCUGCGUCUCUUUCCCCUUUCUGCUUCUCAGAGCCCGGCAGGGUCUACAGGCUCAGUGUGUGAAGGAUUCUGCGUGGGGAAGAGUAAAACAUGGGCCUGGGCUCCAGAGUGGACAGGCUGGUUGAAGGAAAGCAUCCCUUACUGAAGAGUGUGUCGCGGGAAGCCUCCUGUUGGUUCCUAAGCAGUGUUGUCUUCUGCUCCCCAAUGUCUCCCGGGAGCCGGUUCCUUUUUAUUGAAUUUCUGAAUGGCCUUUUCUCCACAGGGGACUUUGGUAUUGAUUCCCUAAAUUCAUCCUUACGGGUCUGGAGAAGCUCUUUUUUGUCCCCGCCAGUGACACAGCGUCUUGGAGCAGGCCUGCCGGGGAGGCCGGUUGCUGGCAACAGCCAGACGCCACUAAGCCACAGCGGCAGAGAGCAGCCCCGGCGCCACGGAAGGAGCCUCUCUCCAGUUUUUUUGUCCAUGAGGCUGGCAGUAAGAUCAGACGCUGCAGAGCGAAGCCUCUUAUUCACUGUCAAUUCUGAAGCGCCCAGGAUGGUAGAUUGCCUGCUGCCUACAUUAGGAGCCUGUAAACAGUGUGCCUCCUGAGUCCCUGCGCAGAGCUGUGUCCCCAGUGAUUGAGGCGAGACUUUCCCCUGAAAAUGCCUUAGCAUCCUUUUGAAGAGCAAACAUUUCCUAUUUUGAAGUAACUUCCUCAGUUUCUUGAAAAUUUAAUUUAAUUUAAAGUAGAAUUGUUGUUCUUUUCAGUUAUUUUAAAAAUUCUUCUUGGACAAAGAAAGAAAGAAAGAAUGAAUAGUUUAGAAAUGGAAACGGCAGGAAGAAAGGAAAGGACGUGUGUGGCAGAGAAGGCAGCCACAUCGCUUUUGCAUCUUCCAGAUUAUCCCAUGGACCCUGAGUGUCAGAGCAGGACCCGCUCUCCUGCUGGGCUAGACCUGGGUUCUGUCCCUGCAGAGGCCCCAUGCUGGGCUUGUGUGGAGUCUUGGGGCUGUGGUGACUCAGGGGUGCGCCCCGCUCCCGCUGCCCUGCCUCAGCCAGGCAGUGACUCAGCAUCGAGCCCUGGCUCCCUGACCGAGACCACACUCGAACUGAAUGUUCCAGGUCUGCGCCUCAGCCCAGCUCCAACCGGGCGAAAUGAAAUGCUUUCCCUCCUGCUGCAUUUCACCCCAAGAAAGUGAAGGGUUUGGAGACAUUAGCCAAUAAUUAUCACACAGUGUACAGGGGUGGCAGGAAUAGUGAAAGGGUUAACGUACCCCCGGCCUUGGCGUCUGACAGACCUGGGUUCUGGUGAUCUCAGGUAAAUCACUCACCUUCCCCGAGCCUCAGUCUCUCCUGAGAAAUGGGCAUACACCAGUACCUGUCCAGCAGGGUCGUAAGGAUCGGGAAAGUGAUGAGCCAGGGCCUGACCUGAGGCAUGUGUGUGGUCCGUGGCGACAGUCCCAGUCUUCGCCAAGAAGUCGGAGGGGAUUCACAGGCGCUUGGCUUUCCCACAGAGUGGACAGUGCUGGCUGGACGUGGGUCUCUUGGUUCCCAGAUGGGUAUGAAGUCUCGUUUCCCAAGACAAGGCCUCUUCUUAUCGCCCCUGGACCACUUUAGCUGAUACUCUCCUUCCACCAGUGUCCAGACACCCUCAGCACCCUUCCCGGGGGUUUCCUGUGUCCCUCGUGGGGGUGGUAGGUGCUGGGCAGUAACUCAGCGUGAGGGCAGAUGAAGGCUCUCAGCCAGACCUGCAGCCCACAGCCUCAUCAGCCUGUGGACUCACCCCAGAUCCCGUGCCCAAGAUGGGCCAGCAGAAUUGUGUAUCCUGUGUUCCGCAGGCGGCGCUGUGUUUACCCUGAAUCCCGACUGCUUGAGGCGGGGCUCUCCCUCCAAGUCUCUGCACAGGCCUGAGGACCGACCAGGUGCCCAGUGGUGUUGCGGGGAAACGGAGCCACGUUAAACGAGGGGCUGGCCGUCUGCACAGGUGUACUGGACCCUGCCCUCCUAAGUGGGGGAAAUGUCACCGUGGGUGGAAGGAGAGAGGCAGGGGGUUUCUAAUUGCCACCACCCUUUUGGGGGAGGGUGGUUGCUGAGGAAGGAAUGCUUUGAGAAGCUGCUUAGGGUGGGGGAGGAGUCCCUCCAGCAAUCCCCCCAAGACUGCCACCUUCUGUCAGAGUCUCCCCCUGCCGGAGCUGUGGUUGAUGAAUUUGAGAUUUUUUUCUUUUGCAAAACGGUGUUUUGUACAAAAUACAUGUCCAGUGAAGCCCAGCACCCUGAUAACAACAGAUGCUUUGCAUGGUUGACAUCUCACAGAUGGAGGAGCCCAGUGACUGAACAGUGUUCUACCUGAGUCUGAGAAAGAACCUUGAGAAACCCAUGGAAAUGUGUCCAUGGGGAUGAAGAGGUCUCUUUAUCUAAAUUCAGACAAGAUUUCGCUUCCUAAUAUGGAAAUUUCAGCCCCCAGUUGGCAGGGAUCGUGCCUUGCUGGUUUGGUGAUCCCACGGUACCAAGCAACUCGGGAGCAGGACGUUGACCAGGGGCCAGUCAGCGGAUGAGGGCCGCUGGCUGCUCAGCUCUGCUUUUGUGCGUGGCCAGGAGGAAGCCCGCAGAGACGAUGCCCUGGCACUCGUCCAGGCCCCUGCUCCAGGCUGGAAGGAAGGUGCCCAGUGCGUGGAGAAAAUGCCCGGACGGCCUGUUGAAACCGCAUCCUCUGCAAACGGGCCUUCGAGGGAGGGCUCCAGGCCGCUGCCCACGAGGGAAGGCCACGUUGUGUACCCCCGGCUCCGGCCAGGCUACAUUCCCAUCCCCGUCCUCCACGACGGUGCCCAGAGCCGGCAGCCACAUCCUGUCUUCGCCUACCCCCAGCCUGGGACGCAGCGCUUCCAAACCGAGGUAGCCCCAGCGGCCCCGCAGAGGCCCCAGUCACCUCUGCGGGGAGUGGCGGAAGCCACCCAGCCAGAUAAACAGUGCGGACAGGCGGUAGCGGCUGCGGCAGCCCAGCCCCCAGCCUCCCAUGGACCUGAGCGAUCCCAGUCUCCGGCUGCCUCGGACUGCUCAUCCUCGUCCUCCUCGGCCAGCCUGCCCUCCACCUCUGGCAGGAGCAGCCUGGGCAGUCACCAGCUCCCCCGGGGCUACAUCUCCAUCCCUGUGAUACAUGAGCAGAAUGUCACCCGGCCGGCAGCCCAGCCCUCCUUCCACCAAGCCCAGAAGACCCACUACCCAGCUCAGCAGGGCGAAUACCAGACCCACCAGCCUGUGUACCACAAGAUCCAGGGAGAUGACUGGGAGCCCCGGACCGUGUGGGCAGCACCCCCGUUCCGGUCACCCGUCCGGGGUGCGUCCAGCCGGGAGGGCUCUCCAGCCAGAAGCAGCACGCCGGUGCACACCCCGCCGUCCGUCCGCGUGCAAACCGUGGUCGACAGGCCUCAGCAACCCGUGACCCAUCGAGAACCUUCACCUAUUCCCCAACCUGAAAACAAACCAGAAAGCAAGCCAGGCCCAGCUGGACCAGAUCUCACUCCUGGACACAUCCCGAUUCAAGUGAUCCGCAAAGAGGUGGAUUCUCAACCUGUUUCGCAGAAGCCCCUGCCUCCCUCUGAGAAAGUAGAAGUAAAGGUUCCCUCUGCUCCGGUGCCUUGUCCUCCCAGCCCGGCCCCUUCUGCCAUCCCCUCUCCCCCCAAGAACGUGGCUGCAGAAGAGAGAGCAGCCCCCAGCCCUGCCCCUGCAGAAGCCACACCCCCAAAACCAGGAGAAGCUGAGGUACCCCCAAAACAUCCAGGUGUGCUGAAAGUAGAAGCCAUCUUGGAGAAGGUGCAAGGGCUGGAGCAGGCUGUGGACAACUUUGAAGGCAAGAAGACAGACAAAAAGUACCUGAUGAUAGAAGAGUAUUUGACCAAAGAGCUACUGGCCCUGGAUUCGGUAGACCCAGAAGGACGCGCUGAUGUCCGCCAGGCCAGGAGAGAUGGCGUCAGGAAGGUUCAGACCAUCCUGGAAAAACUUGAACAGAAAGCAAUAGAUGUCCCAGGUCAAGUCCAGGUUUAUGAACUCCAGCCCAGCUCCCUUGACACCGAUCAGCCACUUCAGGAAAUCAUGGAGAUGGGUGCCGUGACAGCAGACAAGAGCAAGAAAAGUGCUGGAAAUGGAGAAGAUCCCAGUACUGAAACCCAGCAGCCAGAAGCCAAAGCAGCAGCAGCUCCAAACCCCAGCAGCACGACAGACACAGCUGCAAACCCAGCAGCACCAUAGUCUCCACGAAAUAAAAAAUCAGCCCCAGAGACCGGGAACUGAUUGUGUGCUUUAGAGAAUUUUAAGUUGCAUGCAUUUCAGGGCCUUAAAAUCAGUUGGUUUUUACUCUUCAUAGCUGCUUGGUAGGCAGUAACUUGGGUGGAGGCGAAACACACUAAUAAAAGGCCUAAAAGGAGAAUGAUGCUUUUCCUGUGUAUUCAUAUUCUGUACAAAUAAAGAAGUUGCUUGUUACAGAAGUUUAACCCCAUAGCUUGCUGUUUUGGAGCCCUCUCUGUAUGGGUCCCACAUGUUAGUCAUGGAUGUGAACUGUCUUUCUACAGCUCUGGACUGAAGGAGUUUUUGCGGGGGUAGAUGGGGAGUCGAUUUCUCAUCAGUAAAUAUGAAACCCAUUUUUCAGAAGUGUUGCCAUUUUAGUGGGAUGAUUUUUGUCAUCUCAUAGCUAAAAUACUUAACUUUAGAUAGAAUAAAAUGUGUAAGGAGCCGUAGGAAUAUCUGUAUGUUGGAUGACUUUAAUGCUACAUUUAAAAAAAGGAAAAUAAAGUAAUAAUGUAACUCAAAA